AGCUGUCGCCUGGACAACCGAACACAGCACUGUGGGGAAAAGUGGAAGAGUGAAACAAAAGAGACAUCGCAAGGCACGAGCGCGAAGCGAGAAGAGAGGAGACGGUAUGAGAGAGGGAAAGGUGCACAGGUUCCGGCGUGCCAGGGCUUUUAAAGUGCGCGAGGGUCUGGACGUGCUCAGGUCUUUAUUUCACAGCCCAGUUUAUACUGUUUUCACACAGCAGAGGGAGAAGGGGAUAAGGUGGCUGGGUUAGCGAGAGCUCCAGGAACAUUCCUGCAGUGAGAGACGGUCCAGCUCAGGCGUGUGGCAUCAGGAGCGACAGGAGUCGUUUGGGAAGAGCUCGGGCGUGUUGAAAGAGACCCUCCAGAGUGUCCCACCGCACAGACACACACAACCGGAGGAAUCACGGAACGUGAGCUUAAAGGACACAAAGACCGCAGCCUCUAUUCCAGGGGCCCGCCAGAAGAUAGAAUUAACGGUUGGGUCCUUGUCCCCGCGCUGCUGGCUGAUUGGGAGUGACCCAACGCUCUCCGGCUGCCCGUCCGUAAAUCCGCUUCCUUUAUCACCGCGUUUACCCGCCCGCGCCAGGAAACGACCCCGCCUGCCGCGCAAGAGGUGUGGACCAUGGACUCGGAGGACGAGCCCUUGCUGCUCCAGGCCCCGUGGGACUUCGGCGAAUAUGAGGAGCAAGGAGAGGAAGAUGGGAAGGAAGGAGGAGGCGCAGCAGGGGCGGGUGGAGUGGAGCAGUCCUGUGGGGGAGUGUGGCGGGCCGUGGCGCGGGUGUACACGUGCCCGUGGGCGAGCGGGGUGGCCCUGGUGUCGGGCUUCCUGCUGCCCCUCGCCCUCUCGGCUUACAUGUUCCUGUAUUGCGAGCCCCUGGACAUCGACCUCUCCUACAGCGCCUUCGAGGUCAGGAGCCAUUCUUCGGCCGAGCGCUUCGACGCCCUCACCAUUGCGCUGAAGAGCCAGCUGGGAGCGUGGGACCGGCACCGGCGCGACGCGGAAGGGUUCGACCUCGACGCCAACGCUCUCCGGGACCUCCUGUUGCUGAAAUUAAACAGACAAGGGAAGGAGUCCCCUAAGGGUGAGAGCGAACCUCCGGGGAUCUCAGAAAAGGAACGACGCAAACUCGAGGUAACAGACAUGCACGAGGACAGAAGGAACGAUAAGAGAGAACAGCGGCUCGAGCAGGCCGAUCACGCCGGGGACGGAGCGGAAUGGGCGAGCGGCGGGCGGCUCGGAAACGGGAGCUCCGGGCUGCGUCCAAAACGGGAACACCUCCGCAAUGAAUCGAGCUCCGGGCCGGUCCGGAAACGACGGUUCACGGGCUACUCCUACCUGCAGACGCAGGCCCUCUGGAGGAUGGAGCUGGUGUUUGUGGCCCAGGGCGAUGGGGACAACAACAUCUUCACGCCCGAGCGCCUCCGCACCAUCCAUCACGUGGAGCGCCUCCUCAUGCAGCACCCACAGUUCCAGCAGUUCUGCUGGAAGCCGCUGGAGGUUCUGGGAGACCUCCCCCUGGGGCCCUCCUACUGUGCGCCACCGAGCUCCCUCCUCUCCUACCUGUUCCCCAGUGAGCGUGGGGGGAAGGUCUACUUCGACGGCAUGGGCCCUGACCUGGCUGACAUACACGGUGCGCUGAGUCUGGCUGUCACUCACCCGCAGUUCUACUGGUACGUGGACGAGAAGCUCACCCCGGACAGCCUGCGCUCCUCGCUCCUGCGAAGUGAGAUCUACUUCGGGGCGCCCUUGCCCGGCUUCUACUCGCUCCAGGACCGGCCCCUGGAGCAGCGGCGCCAGUUCCGGGACUUCGUAGUCCAGUACGCCGACAUUUUGGCCCGGCAGUCUACCAGCAAGGUGAAGGUGCUGUACGGUGGUACCGAGCUUUUUGAUGAUGAGGUCAGGAGGACCUUCUACAGCGACAUGCUCCUGGCUUUAGUCAGUGGAGCCUGCAUUACCAUCCUGGUCUACAUCCUGACCUCCUUCUCAGUAUUUCUGACGUUCUUUGGCUUGGCUAGUAUUGGCCUGAGCUGUCUGAUGGCUCUGUUCCUCUAUCACGUGGUGUUCGGGGUGAAGUAUCUGGGCAUCCUCAACGGCGUGGCGGCCUUCGUUAUCAUCGGGAUUGGCGUGGACGACGUGUUCGUGUUCAUCAGCAUGUUCAGGCAGGCGGCUCACGUGCCGGGUGCCGAGCAGCGCGUGAUCCACACGCUAAAGACAGCGGGCCGGGCCACCUUCUUCACCUCCUUCACCACAGCAGCCGCCUACGCCGCCAACGCCUUCUCGCAGAUUCCAGCGGUGCAUGACUUUGGUCUUUUCAUGUCCCUCAUCGUGAGCUGCUGCUGGCUUUGGGUGUCCAUUCUAAUGCCUGCUGCCCUCUGUAUAUGGAAUCAGUACCAAGCUGCCCAUGCUAAUGCCUGUCCAAAAUGGUGGAGCACUCUGACCAAGCUGUCAGCCAACCUCAGCCCUCUCUCUGACGAGGAUGAUGACGUAGCACUUUUGACUGUAGAGAUGGAACCAGGUCUCCAUGAUUCAGAGGUCGAUGCAGCUCUUUUGUCUGUCUCGGUGGAACCGCCCCCGGCCGAGUCCACAGAAGUGGGUGUAGGGGUGGUCAGCGCCAGGCUCCAGAGAGCACUGACACGCUGGGUGGCAGAGCCUGUGGUGGAGAAACGUCGAACCAUCGUAGUUCUGUUCAUGUUGCUGCUGUUGGCCUCGGCGUGUUGCUGCAGCCUGCUGAGACCAGCCAGUCACGCACCGGUACUCUUCCACCGGGACACCAACCUGCAGCGGCUGCUGGACCUCCGCAGCAACCUGAGUGCUCAGGGCAUCUCGUGCCACAUGUGCUCAGGAGUGUUCAUGGAGCGGCCCCACAGCCUGCAGAGCGGCAUCCGCUCCGCCGGCGCUCCGGUGUGGAAGCACGCCGGCCCGGGACGGCCGGACGCCAGCAACACCACGCGGACAGGCACAGACGGCCUCCUCACAGUGUACGUGUCUGAGCUGGAGGCUGACGUCACUAUCACCCUUUACCGCUACUCUCUCAACGCCAGCAUGCCUGCUCCCUGGACAGCACUCACCCCAGGGCACGGAAACGUGCCAGCCUUCAAGGCUUACGGCAGUCGCCAUGGUAACUUCAGCGCUCAGUUAACAGUGUGUGUCUCGCACGCCUAUCACCCCCGCACGCGAUGGAUGCUGAGCUCUGGGUCGUGCGACCUCCGCCAUGGCUGGAGGUCAGAGUUCAGCUUUUUUGUGGCGCUGAGCGAACAGAAAAACAGCAGGAAGCUGUACUUUGCUCAGAACACAGUCAGCCCGUACCCCAGCCGUGUGUGUGAAGGGCCUCCUGGCUGUAUGAUCAGCUCUGGCCCAGACGGUCCAGCUCAGGGCUGUUUCUAUGCGCCCCUCUCUGCAGCCCCCAGCGAGGUCAAGAGCUCCACAACGUCCGGCUUUAACCCCUGCAGUGGCGGUGGAUGUGGGGAGCCAGCAGUGCGCCCCCUAGUGGACACGGGUGCCAUGGUAUUCGUGGUGUUCGGGAUACUGGGGGUGAAUCGCACUCAGCACGCAGACAACCACGUAAUUGGAGAUCUGGGCAGCGUGGUCUAUGAUCCAGACUUUGAUCUUUUCAAUGAGAUCGGCCACUUGUGCCAGCUCUGCAAAGCCAUCGGCGCCAACGCAAAGCUCGUCAAGCCUGGCGGAGCACAGUGUUUGCCUUCAGGAAAUAGCCUUACCUCCAUUCUUCCUCUCCUCCAUCCUGAGUGUCACUCUCUUCCUGAACCCAACCUCCUGCCUGGUCAGCUAUCCCAUGGUGCAGUUGGUAUGCAGGGUGGGAGGGUACACUGGAUUUCCAUGGCCUUUGAGUCAACCACCUACAAAGGGAAGUCUUCGUUUCAGACCCAUUCUGAUUUCCUCCAAUGGGAAAGUUUCCUGCAGGAGCAAUUGGCAUCUCUCCCACAAACCUCAGCUCUGAGGCGAGGGUUCCAGACCUGCCAACACUGGAAACAGAUCUUCAUGGAAAUCAUAGGUGUGGAGAGCGCCCUCUACAGUUUACUCCUGUCCUUGGCGAUCUGUAUAGCAUCCGUAGCUGUCUUCACUGCACACCCACUACUGCUGCUGCCCAUCCUGCUUAGCAUUCUGGGCGUGGUUGGCCUGGUGGUUGCAGUCAUGUACUGGCUGGGCUGGGAGAUGGGGGCAGUGGAGGCCAUCUCUCUCUCCAUACUGGUGGGCUCAUCCGUGGACUACUGCCUGCAUCUGGUGGAGGGCUAUCUGCUCGCUGGGGAUGUGGCAACCGCGCCGAUGGGCAAUCCAGAGACGGAUCUGUCAGCCAAACGGCAACAAAGAUCGCUGGAUGCGGUGUCUCAUGUGGGCGUUGCCAUAGUAUCGAGCGCAGUCACUACAGUGAUCUCCACAGUGCCGCUCUUUUUCUGCGUGAUCGUACCUUUUUCGAAGUUUGGUCAGAUUGUGGCCAUCAACACUGCCGUGUCUAUACUGUUCACCCUGGUCAUGACAACUGCCCUGCUGGCCACAAUGGGUCCUCCUGAGUUCAGACGCCCCCCGCGAGCCGUGCUGAAGGCCAGCCUGGCGGUGUUCGCUGUGGGAGCCUGCGUGGUUCUCCUCUGGUGGACAGGGUCACACUUGGUCCCUAGAUCCUGGAGCUCGUUCAUUACAUAAGCCUGAAGAGGACACCUGGUCCAUCAGCCUACCGACAGAUGGGGAGUCGAAAUCAUGACAACUGAAAAAUGGAAUCAUUUUAUUGUAUGCAUUUUGUAUGUAGAUUAUGAAGACCUACUGUAUAUUUUCAUGAGAUCUGCAGGGACCAAAGAGUGAUCCUAGUGGAACACCGCUGAUGAAGAAUUGUAUUGUAAACAAAGAACAAGGGGACAUAUUAGAUGUUAGGAAAGAACCAGGUCUAAAUUCAUGUUAAAUCAGCUAAUAAUUAAAUCAUGCAAUAGCCCCACAAACAAACCCUGCAUGGAGAAAAGCAUCAGUUUACUUUUCCAUGGUUCUCUUUGUCUACAGAUUUUGAGAGGCAGAACCUGACUUGGAAUUAAUAUUAAACAAGAAAGCUGAAGGGGAAGUCAAGAAAACAGAGGAAGAGAAAGGGAGAAAAAUCUGGAGUAUUCUCUUCAGCUCUCUCCUUGGGGGUGGGGGUAGGGGGGGGUUCAGCGGCAGAACUUGACUUUUAAAAUAAUAUUAAAAUGUCACUCCAACAUCAGCAGUGACAGCGAUGGACCUUUGUGGUCCUGAGAGGAGCGCCAGAGAAGAACAAAGCUGUGUUACAUAAAUACUGUUCUGUGGUCCCAAGCAGCAUUCCCUGCCCUUUAGGGAAGCUAGGUGAGGCUGAUUAUGUACUCAAACUAAUGAUCUUGGAAGAUCAAUCCUUACCACAUUUGUACAGGCAGGCGACUUAUUUUCUUCCAAAGGUUAUCCGUUCUGUUUAAUAGUCUCCUGUGAAGAACACAGUACAGACUACAGAUGUGUUUCAUAUGAGGACUUGUUUUGUGAAACUGUGGUAAACAUAGGCUGUGGUAAUGGUUUUUAAAUUGCUGUGAAACUGUACUGUAGGGUAGCCAUCACACUUUAAAAAAAAGAACAUGGUUCUGUUGAAUUGCUCAUUUUAAAAACUGUUUAUCUGAUGUAUUUGUGGUGUUUUUUGGCUCUCACCCACCAAACUCCUUCCAGUUGGCUCGUGGGGAUUUUCAGUCUUUUUCCGUGGUGUGAUUUAUGUCUCGUAAACAGACGUGCAGAUGCAGUUGUCACCACUUCAACAACUUGACCCUUUUUUGGACUUGGACUGCUUCAGAGAUGAUAUUUCAAUUCUGAGCUGCUCGAUCUCCAUGAUGGAGUCUCUCUCUCCUCCCCAGAGCUGCCACGGGUUGCCUAGUGCUCUGUGCCGCAGAUUUUGCUGGCCCCCUGAUGAGCCUCUAUCUGCUCAGCUGAAGUCAUGCUUCAAUGUUUUUUAUUUUCAUUACAUUACAGUGUUUCUUUCUCUUUUUUAAUGGAGUGGUUGUUAUUGAUACAAUGUUAAAUAAACAGUGUGUUGGCUGCCUAGAAUCCGAAAAGGGACCCACGAAAUCAAGUAAUCACGUCUCAAAAAUGAACAUUUCCAAGAUAUAAAAUCUAGCCAAACAAAAGUCUCUUCAGAAGUGAAUCCUACUUCAAACACAUAGGCUAAUAAUCCUACAACGUCCCUACGUCACUCGGAAUGAGACUCACCAUAGCCAAAGCUGUGGCCAGCAUAGUCAAGUCCUGGCUCCAAGUUAUCACCCAUCAUCUCCACUUUAAGUAAAGCGCUUACUUGACUUUAUUUGGACUUUUCCAUCAAUUCCAUUUAAUAUUUAAUGCUUGAAACUGCAGUUAGCUAUUAAUAAUGCAAUGGGGAGGUCAUUUAUAAUGGAUAUGCCAAUGAGAAGCCCUGGAUGCACCAACAUGAUAUUGCUCCAAUGAAGUGAUUUGAUCUCAGACAACCAAAUGUGUCAAAAAAAAAUAAAAACAGGUUUGCAUCAAAGGCUAAAGAUAAUUUUUAGCAAAUGAAAUGUUUUCUUUUUUCACAUAGAACAAACUCAUUCUGACAAGGGGAUCCGUCUGGCCAGAGGUUUACAGAAGUACUUCUUGCUGUACUGGAUGCAGUGCAAUGGAACGUGGGUUCCUGUCAAAAAAGAACUUUCAUAACCUAGUCAAAUGAUGCACCAUUGAUAAACAAAGAAAACCAGGUACAAUAAAUCAGUCAAAAGGAAGAGGAAGUGAUGUAUGGCCUUUCUCAAAACCCUAAUAACUAUGCACUUACAACCAAGAUGUCACUACAGAGUCCAAAUUCAAAGCGUUUGGAGACACUUAAACAGAGAUACAUAUAAUGAAUGUGCAAAACCUCAUGUUUUCUAUGUAAUAAAAUACUUUUGUACAUUAUUGAAGAAUCUGAUGAUGAAUGUUGUUUCCAUGUUCAAUCUAAGUUGGGGACAGAUGUAGUUUAAGGUCAGUUUUAGAUUACAAUGUGACCCUAAUAUAACAAGAGCAAGAAAAAAAAAUUUAUUCUUUUAAAAAAGUGAGUUCUUUAAAUAUAUCCACCAAAUGGUCAAAGUCUGCUGUGACUCCUGAAUCUAUGAGUCAAGACAAUGUGACAUGAGGCAUUUUCAAAUGAAAAUAACAUUUUAUGAAAUGGAUGCACCGGUUAAUACUAUGUGCAAUACAUCAGCAGUAAUCAGCUAUACAAUAUAAAUAAACUGCAUCUUCUUUUUGCAAUUACAGGCUUAUUUCUCAACAGGUUAUAACGGUUAAGUGUAUUUGAUAUAACGAACAUAUUUACAUACAUACAUACAUAUGAUGAAAGGCACAAACACUUCCAAUAUUUGCUAAGUGAGAUCUGAUCGGCUACGGUGACUAGAUCAAUACAUACACAACCAUACAGAUUAGAUAAAUCCAGGGCCAUUAAUCUUAAUCUCCCCCACUGGAUUAGUAUUACCUAAAACACAUCUGUUUGCAUCAUCUUAUGGGUUAUCUACAGAUCACAAGGCCAUGGCCUCACUACUCAGUACUGGAGCUACAACACUUCCACCACUCCACCACUUUAAAAAAAAAAAAAAAAAGAAGCUAAAUAGAAUACAAAUACAAGUGUAUCGAGUUAAAAAUGAAUACUCUCCUCAACAGAAAAUCUGUUUGGUGGUCAGUGCUCAUCAGACAAUUGCUGGAAUUUUAGAGAGCCAAUGUCAGAAGAGAAUAAAAGCAUGGUGGUGGGGAUGGGGCAGCUAGGGAACAUGGCAUUGGCUGAACUCAAACCACGACUCUGCUUUGAAAAACCUUUACCUUCCAUAAGUGUUGCACCAGCUCACAGCCCGAGAGCGACAGUCACCUACGCCGGAGCGUGCAAGGUCGGAAGUGAACACAUGCCGGUGCGAGGGAGACUGGAGCUGGCGCGAUGAAACCUGAGACGAGGAAAGCUGGAAAAAUCCACAGAGACGAAGGGGAAAGAAGAAGAUCAGAGGAGAUCACAGGCUCAGUGAGAGAUGAAAGGAAACCCACCAGUCGCCUUCUAAAGAUUUCUGCAGGUGGGAAAAGGGGGGACACCUGGUAAAUAAUUUAGGGUGAGGUGGAUGGUUAGGCCGGAGAUGGAGAAAAGAAUGCUUCCGACUGAUCAGCUAAGCUCUGGGUAGCUUAUACACCGGACGCACGGAAACACAAACACGUACACGCUUCCCACUAGUCUGGCAGAUCCGAUCGUAUCCUGUUCUUGAAAAGGG